AUGCAACAAAACAACAGCUAUGCCGUCGCCACACCCCUCAACGUCUCCAUCUUCCUGAUCCUCUCGAGCAUCUUGUACCUACGCCUCCGGCCCAGCGAACCGCCCAAGCUCCCUCAGGGCCCGAAGCCGAUUGUCUUCCAGACAUUCACGCCGCGAACACUGCUCAAGUACAAUGGCCAAGAUAACAACCCUGUGUACCUCGCCGUUAGGGGUAAGGUCUAUGACGUGACAAGCGGGCGCAACUUCUACGGACCCGGCGGCCCGUAUGAGAACUUCGCCGGCCGAGACGCCACAAGGGGGUUGGCGUGCCAGAGCUUCGACGAGGAGAUGUUGACCAAAGACCUCGAUGGCCCACUGGACGAUUGUGCGGACCUGGCCCACGAUCAAAUCGACAAUCUUAAUGGCUGGAUCGAAAGGUUUGAUGAGAAGUAUCUCGUUGUCGGGAAAUUGGAGCCGUUCAGAAAGACCGAAUUUCACUAG